AUGUCCCGGCUAGGCGGCCGCGAUCUCAUUCCCAUCCGCCCAGGAGGCUGGGUAUAUGGCCCUGUAGGCGGCGGCUUCUAUGGAGACGACGAUGACGAGCUUUACCCCCUCCCACCGAGACGCCCUCCAGUGGUGAUCCGGCAGCCAACCAUCCGGCAGCCAGUCCCUAUUCGCACCACCUCGCGAGACAUCCCCUUGCCCGACGGAUACCCCUAUCCACUCACGCGCACGCCUCAACCGACCCAGUUCCCGGAACCGCCGCGAGGAUCGGCCCAGCAUAAGCAGACCAUGAAGUUUACGCCGUGGAUACUGAAUUUGACCGCGGAGACACACAAAUGCGCGGAUCUGAAUUUAUUUCGGCUUCCGCGGCCGGAACCACCACGAGGGGGCAGUCACAGCGUCGUCGUCCGGCAAGGCCAACGUCAACAAGGCCCCGAAAGCAGGAGGAGGCAGAGGGGCACGGUCGUGCUUCCCAUCAUGCCGGGACCCAAGCGCCGGAUUGAAUUCGACGUCAGCGUCAUGACGCUCUCGGACGUGCUGUACAACCCCGGGGCGCCGUACUCGGAGCUCAGCUGGAAACUGCUCGAGCGGCAAAGCUUUACCAGACACGUGCUGCACCACGACCACAUGCACGACGUGACGCACUUGCAUGCGCAGCAACAACCGCGCCGACCUCGACCUCCCCCGACUGCCAUGGAGAUCGGAUGGCGGGGAGUACGCCGCGUGGACGAUCCACGACCGUCGCGAAGCCGCUACCCGACGCACGACCCGCGGGGACCGAAACCCAACGACCGCUGCGGCCAUCUGGACAAGGAGACCAGCGUGAUCCGCCACCGCGGCAUCCCGGGCGUGGACAUCCUCUGGGUCGGCUACGACAAGUACAUGGACCCGCGGCAUAUGCGCGUGCACAUGACCGCCGCGGAUAUGGUGGAUGUGAAGCUGUGGAGCUGGGGCGUGGAGAUGGGCGUCGUGGGCAAGAGUGCGGAACUCCAAGGGUUUGUCGAUUGGAUUGAGGGCCCGUCGGGGAAUGGGAGUGCAGAGGAUGAGGAUUUGUUUCGCAAGAUUGUCCAGGGAGGGUUGAGGGCUGGGGAGGACCUAGGGGUUGUAUAG